UGGUCACUGGAGGAUGAAAAGGAGUUUAUUGCAUAUAUCAAGGAGAAUCACGCAAAGGGAGGUGAUGGACUCAACUUCGACAGAACAUUUUGGAACCAAGUUGCAGCACAUCUUGCCCCAAUCACUACUUCUGGUGUGGUGGGGACAGGUGAUGCCUGUUCAACCAAAUGGACUCAUCUCUGCACUGUGUACACUGUCAUUGACAGAGUUGCGCACUACUCUGGUGUU